UGAUCCAAUUUAAGGAGCCGCCGCGCGCUCUGCAGGGACACAAGCGCCAACCCCGUCUCACGGAAGCAGCAUCCCCGCAGCUCGGACCCCUGACGUACUGACAGAAACCGUGACACAGAAUCAGCAGCUUCCCAUCGUCUGGGUGGACGACCUUUCUGCUGAGGCAGAGCAUUCCGCACGCCGGCGUUCCUGACGACUCGUCACAUUCUUUCUUCUUCUGCAGCUUCUCCUCCAGCGAUGUCCUCCAUCUGCCCCCUCCUCCUCCUCCUGCUGCUGCUGCUGCUGCCCCUCAUCUCAGCUCAGACUUUUCACUGGGGUCCCUGUCCGUCGCCACAGGUGCAGCCCAACUUCCGGGUUGAAAAGUACCUGGGAAGGUGGUACGAGAUCGAGAAACUCCCAGCAAGCUUUGAGAAGGGGACGUGCAUCGAGGCGAACUACUCCCUGAGGAAGGACGGAACCAUCCAGGUCCUGAACUCGCAGUUUUAUAAGGAGAAGGUGAGGUCGGUUGAAGGAACAGCCGUCAUUCGGGACUCCAGGGAACCGGCCAAGCUGGGCGUCAGCUUCUCGUACUUCACUCCUUACGCUCCCUACUGGGUUCUGACCACCGACUACACCAGCCUGUCCGUGGUUUACUCGUGCACCAGCUUCCUCCACCUCUUCCACAUCGACUACGCCUGGAUUCUUUCCCGCUCGCCCAAGCCGUCUCCAUCAACCGUGCGUUACGUCAAACAGCUGCUGGUCCGAGAAGGAAUCGACAUCAGCAGGAUGAAGGCCACGGUCCAGAACUGCUGAGACUCACCGGAACCGUCUUCUCCAACCUGCUGCCUUCAACUUCCUGCUCGUUAAAAGAAGUAAUCAAACCAGAAACAAGAAAUCUGAUGAAGACAGAUUGAUCCAAAUUGUUGCUGGGAUUUUUCUAUUGUAAUUUUUUCAUGAUUCCAAUCAAAUAAAAUCAUUAUUAAUCAA